CUGGGAACCUCCAUACACUACUGGUGUGGCCCCAAAAAGACGAAAAAAAAAAAAAUCAACCACCAGAAAUGAGAAACAGAACAUCCGUGACCGAGUUCAUCCUCCUGGGUCUGACCGACAAUCCAGAACUACAGGCUGUGAUUUUCUUCUUUUUACUUCUCACCUAUGUGCUGAGUGUUACUGGAAACCUCACUAUCAUCGUUCUCACCCUGCUGCAUUCCCACCUGAAGACCCCCAUGUAUUUUUUCCUCAGGAAUUUCUCCUUCUUAGAAAUCUCAUUUACAUCCGUCUGUAAUCCGAGAUUUUUGGUCAGCAUUCUAACAGGGGACAAAUCUAUUUCCUAUAAUGCUUGUGCUGCUCAGCUCUUUUUCUUGAUCUUAUUCGGUUCAACAGAGUUUUUCCUCCUGGCCUCAAUGUCCUAUGACCGUUACGUGGCUAUCUGCAAGCCCCUCCACUACCCAACCAUCAUGAGCCACAAGGUCUGCUACCAGCUUGUAGGCAGCUCUUGGCUGGCGGGUUUCCUGGUGAUCUUUCCACCACUGACCAUGGGGCUGCAGCUGGAUUUCUGUGACACCAACGUCAUCGACCACUUCACCUGUGAUUCUGCUCCUUUACUGCACAUCUCCUGCACAGACACAAGCACUCUAGAGCUCAUGAGCUUUGCUCUGGCUGUGCUGACUCUCAUGUCCACCUUGACGCUGGUCAUCCUCUCCUACUGCUACAUCCUCAGGACGAUGCUGAGAAUCCCCUCAGCCCAACAGAGAAAAAAGGCCUUUUCAACCUGCUCCUCCCACAUGAUUGUUGUCUCCAUCUCUUAUGGAAGCUGCAUCUUCAUGUACGUGAAAACCUCAGCAAAGGAGGGGGUUGCUUUGACAAAGGGGGUGGCCAUGCUCAACACCUCUGUGGCUCCUAUGCUGAAUCCAUUUAUUUACACCUUAAGGAACCAGCAGGUGAAACAGGCAUUUAAGGACCUUACAAGAAAGAUACUUUCCUCAACAACAUUGACCUAACACAAUUUAUAACCAAAACGCACAGCAACUGUUAGCAGAGAACCAAUAAAGAAUUCACUGUUUUAUUUCUUCUAUUCCCUUAACUUUUACCCCUUUGCAGAAAUAUAACAACUUACGGUAUUUUCCUUUUUUUUUUUUUUAAUCUUUUUAGGGCCAUACCCAUGGCAUAUGGAGGUUCCCAGG